ACGGGAAUUUUCGUCGUUAGCACAUGGCGACACUGGAGGAGAAGGGAAACAAAAAUCAGCUGUGCACAGUUCUACCGUCUCCGCCCCUUGUUUGUUUUUGUUACUGAACCCCGUUGCGUUUUCCAGCCGAAAUCUCCAGUCCCCUUUAUCAAAAACAACAGCUAAACCCCCCCAAAAAACCGGUCCCAACCAAAUUAGAAAAUGAUAUAAUCGCCGACUGGCUGUCCAAUGAUGCGCAAAUUCGGGCCGAAAUGUCUCUCUCCGUUUCCACGGCAAUCGCCCACGCCGUCUUGAGCGUCUCCUCCGCCUACGCAAUCUCCCAGACUUCCGACUGCGUUUUCGCCGUCCUCGGCUUCGUCCUUUAUUUCAUCAACGGCAUUCUGGGGAUUGUCGCAUACGGAGCAGCUAGUGGCGUGAAGGUGUACAAGUUCUACACAUCUUUCCUCUUCGUCAGCUUGUCUUUGUCGCUGCCCCUUUUUGUUUCACAGCUAUACUUCGAUUCCGGCUUUCCCAAGUCGCUGACAUUCAUGCACUUCGCCCCAUUUAUCAUCUCUCUUUUCACCGGGACGUUCCGCACACAUGACCACCCUCUGCAGAUACUGCACCUUGCAUCUAUGGUGUACAUCAGUCUAUCCAAUAGAUAUUAUUAUGGCAUCACGACUGCUUUCAGUUUCGUCAUCGCGAUUUAUGCUAUUGGACCUAUCGGCAUGAUUCUCAACACACCUUCAAGAGACCUCUUCAAUUACGCUUUGUCGUUUACUGUUUAUUUUCUCGUUCAAACAUUAAGAGGUCGUUAAAUUUUUGUGAUUGAUUAAGUUAAUUUAAUUUAUUUACAAUUCGACACAAGAAGGUUUAAUUAAAAUUUGAUAUAUUAAAAUUGAUCGUAAUUGUAUGCCUUUACAGCAUUUAAAAUUGCAAAGUAUUAAUAGUCAAUUUUUAUAAAACUGAGGCCAGGAUGCAUUUAUUAUAAAAUUUGCUUAAAGAACGGUAAACAAAUCAAGACUGAAUCAGGAAACGGAUGGAUAUAUUGUCAUUAUAAGCGCUGCUAUACGCAUUUACUUUUUAUAAUCUCAUAUUGUGAUAAAGUAAUUCUAGAUUUUUGUAUUGUAUUUUAAAAGCCAAAAAUAUGGUAAAAAAUAGUUUUUAUGUUCCUGCAAAUAAAUUAUACUUACAGUAGAAAGAAAAUGUGAAAGAAAAGCAAGUAAGGGAAUAUGUUUUAAACUAUAUUUAUAUAUAUAUUUUGUAAAUUUACAUUAUUUCCAUGAUGUCAGGCUAUAAAUUAAUAAAAAAUGAUUUAGUAGUGAAAACAGUGCAUCACUAAAAGUUAUAUAGUAUAAUGAUAUUUACACUGUUAUUUGCACUGGCAGAAUAAUUGUAUAAAAAUCGUUUGUUAAAUGUAGAAUUGAUUUGGAUGGUGAUUUAUAUUGGCGAUUUCAUACAGCCACGGCCAACAGAGAACAAAAAAUUAACUUAAAUAAUUGUAGCAAUAAAAAAUGUAUUGUUUAAAAGUAAUUAAUUAAAACAUACAGGUAUAAGUUAUUGUCAUUGAGACAAAUAAUUGUGUAAUUUUUUAUUGGUUAAAAAAAGUUUACUUUGUUUUAUCUAAAAUGUAAUUAACAAAAAAUAAUUCAUGUUAUAUUGCCACCAGUGAGAUACAAUUUCAUUAUUAUGUGUAAUAUUUUACUAUCCAUGUCAAAGUUUACCUAGAUCCUCGUGUUUAUUUAAAUUGAUAAAUGAAUUAAACUUUGUAAAAACUUUUUUUUUUAAAUGUUAUGUUUUAUGUUUAUCGAUAUUGUAGACUAAUUAAUUGUACCACUUGAUCAGUAUUUUUGUUUAAAAUCGUAAAGUCCAUAUGUUGAGAAACAAUGUUUUUUAAAAUCAAGGAGCUUAUUCUAGCGGGAUAUGACACAAAUAACGAGUUAUAAAUUUAAUAAAAAAUUUUAUUGUUGAUAAAAAAUAUGUUAAAUAUAUAUAAACAUUUCUAGUCAAUUCAAUGGGCUUCAAGUCAUAUGAAAAACUUAAAUAUGUAUUUUUUAAAUUAAAAAAAGAAAAAAUGAGCACAAUGAAAAAUAAGCCGCUUAUUUAAAAAUUAAUAACUGUAAAGUACUUAUAUGUAUGUAUAUAUGCUUUAGAUGUAGUUCAGUGAUAGAUGCCAAAAAAAGGUCAAAAUGAAAUAAUUGUGAUAUCCGUUAGUGCAUGGAAUUAGAAUUAAACUAUUUUGCCUAAUGUUUUACAAAAAUAUAAAUAAAUGGAUAAGAUUAAAAAAUUAAUAAAUAAAACAUGUUUGUAAAUUAAAAUAUUU